AUGAAUAAUCACACAGUAAUCACAGAAUUUGUUCUCCUAGGCCUUUCUGAUGAUCCUGACCUUCAGAUUGUGAUUUUCCUCUUUCUAUUUAUCACAUAUGUUUUAAGUGUCACUGGAAACAUGACUAUCAUCACUCUAACCUUGGUGGAUUCUCAUCUACAGACACCUAUGUAUUUCUUCCUUCGGAAUUUCUCCAUCUUAGAAAUCUCCUUUACAACGGUAUGCAUUCCAAGAUUUUUGGGUGCCAUUAUUACUAGGGAUAAGACAAUUUCCUAUAACAACUGUGCAGCUCAGCUCUUUUUUUUCAUUUUCAUGGGAGUAACAGAAUUCUACAUUCUAACAGCGAUGUCCUAUGACCGCUAUGUGGCCAUCUGCAAGCCUCUGCAUUAUACAACCAUCAUGAACAGGAAACUCUGCACACUGCUCGUGUUGUGUGCAUGGGUGGGAGGGUUUCUAACCAUUUUCCCACCUCUUAUGCUUCUUCUCCAGUUGGAUUACUGUGCUUCCAAUGUCAUUGAUCACUUUGCAUGUGACUACUUCCCCCUCUUACAACUCUCCUGCUCAGACACAUGGCUCCUAGAAGUAAUUGGUUUUUACUUUGCAUUGGUGACUCUGCUUUUCACUUUGGCAUUAGUUAUUUUGUCCUAUAUGUAUAUCAUCAGGACUAUUCUGAGAAUUCCAUCUGCCAGUCAAAGAAAAAAAGCUUUCUCCACAUGUUCUUCUCAUAUGAUUGUAAUUUCUAUCUCUUAUGGAAGCUGCAUCUUCAUGUAUGCCAAUCCUUCUGCAAAAGAAAAGGCAUCAUUGACCAAAGGAGUAGCUAUUCUCAAUACCUCUGUUGCCCCCAUGAUGAAUCCUUUUAUUUAUUCUCUGAGGAACCAGCAAGUAAAACAAGCAUUUAAAGAUUUGUUUCAAAAAAUAGUGUUUACUGCAAAUAAAUGA